AUGCCAAGCAAUUGGAUGCUCGGUCGCUCCCUCCUCAAGAAACAUCUACAGCUGCACCUCACCCGACCAUCACAACCUCCACAUCAGUACCUCGCAUACGGCCGCCACUUCCGAAUAAUCUCGUCCGAACCGCAGGGUGCGCGUCGCGGUCUGACGCCCAUUUCUACCACCAGCACAUCUAGUGCUGGCCUCGUACAUCCUUCGAGCACCAGUGGCAGUCCAUUGCGCUCUCAGUUCUCACCAUCACUCUCCGCCGCCCAGCGCCAGGUUACCAGCCGACAGUCCUCGACUUCAUCGACGAGCUCAUACGUCUCACCACAUCCCGGUCCUCGAAACGUCCGAUCAAUAACAUCCUCCGGAAGUCCGCGACUGUCAUCCUCCCUCGCCAGUCUGUCGGUCGGUGGUGCCAGCACAGCCGGAGGUCCUUCACGGCUCGCGCGCCAUUCACCCUCGGUUUCAAUCCCAGCCAGCACCGGUUCAUCUCCAGCCACAACGGGGCCUCACGUUCAGCUUUCAAGCUUGGUUGUCACGCAAUUGAACAUCCUCCUGAGCACCAUCAAAGACGACUCGGAUCGUGUCAAGUGGGAGACACAGGCGGAUAAGAUCAGGAAGCUGGUCCAUGACAGCGGCAUGGAGCUUUUCACAACAUACUUCAGGCGUCUGCUGCAAAGCAAUGCGUCAACAAUAUUCCCCGGCACGCCACGUGCGCCGGCGGCGGGCGAGAAGCCAGGCAGCUACCAGCUUCUGCUAGAGGAGAUGCAAAAGCUGCCCAGAGAUCCACAGCAGGCGGACAAAAUCGCACAGUCCUUGGACACCACCGAGGGCGACCUCUUCCGCGAUUUCGACCUUUCAACAUUCAUCGAGCACUUCCGUCUCGACCCUGUGGCCAAAAUCCUACUAGUCCAGUCGUGCCGGACAACAUCAAAAGCUGACCUGCGCUCGAAAGCUGACGCGAUCCUUACCGCCAAUAUCCAAACAUUCCUCUCCACCAUCGCAUCCCCACAAACCGCCGACGCCGAGCAAGAGCUUCCUCCUUUGGUACUCGCCUCCAUUGUCGAGCGUCUAAUCAAGCUACCACCACGGAAUUGGGGUGAAGAGCAACGCGAGAAUUUCUUCUAUGCGAUUCGGGUCAGAUACAUUCAGCGCCUGGGUACUCGCGUGCCUCCACCCGUCGAGACCGCAAUGUUCCUCGAUGAGCUUCUCGCGCCAACUCAGGACAAUCGCUUGGCCAAGACAAUCGAGCAGACAGGCGCCUCUGCUACUGCGAGUUUGGAGGCUUGCAAAGACAUGCUUGGAAAGGUUGAAACCCGCGACAUCUCAUAUCCUCAAAUCGCCAAUGCUCUUCUCCUCAUGGUUAUCGCACAAAACGGCGACAGCUUCAACCCAGGUGUCUUCGUUGAAGCCGUUCGACACCAUCGUGCAGGUCAGAAGAUAGAUUGGACGGACGUCGUGCAGGAAUUUGACAAGGAACAUCUGCGAAUCACGAAGAAGCAAUUUCUCGCUCUGUACAAUGCAUUGCUGCCGCUGGCACGAGAGUAUGCCAACUUCGACAUCCAGACGCUUUGGGGUGGUCAAUGGCAGUACCCCGAAGCUCAGCUCAGCUUUGUCGUGGCAUUCUUGUCGACCACAUCAGAGGAGUUGGAUGUGAUGCAGAUUCCGAAUCUGCGCCAAGCGUUCGAUUUGACCGACUUCGCAACAGCGUCGGACAGCGUGCGUGCAUUCGCUGAGCAAGCCAUCAAGCACCCUCUGGUCUCCCGCGAUGCAACCGAAGCGUUGUUCACAAUGAUCUUCCGCUCGCAGGAGAGCUACAACCUGGCUCAAAUGCUUGGUAUCCCCGACACAGUCAUCAACCAGAACAUGACAAUCUUUGUGUGCGCUGCUUCUGCGGUUCCAAAACCAUGGGCACCGCUCCAGGAUCAGGCGCUGAAGCAGCUCUUCUAUCCAUUCCUUCUGAAGCAGCACGACAAUCACGAUUUCGUCAUGCACUCACUCUGGCAGCACGACAAGUCAUGGAUCGCUACAAGAAUGGUGGAAUUCUACUCGACCGAUUCAAUGCUCCUAAGCUUGAUCUUCGAACAUGCCCUUGAGCACGGUUGGCUCGAGCUUCUUCUCACGAUCCAAGGCACCAGCUUUUCAGUCGACCUUGCCAUGUACGCUCAUGGCAAAGGCCACUGCAACCUCGAAGAAUGGGCACAGCAGCACGUCGCGCAAUAUGGACCUCCCAACUUCGCCCGUGCCAUCAUGGACUUCUUAAAGGCAAAGAUGGAUGACGAGACCUUGGUGCAGCGCGAGCGAACUCCACCAUCAACACCUCCUUUGACUGUCAAGACAGUGCACGCACUGCUGCUCAUCAUCGCGGAAGCCGUGCAGGAGGAAGGCGUUGGCCAGCUCUAUCGUAAUUGCCUUCAGCUCUACCCGCGCCUGUUCAACUACGGUGAGGACGACGACAGGGACACGAUCAUCGAUGCCAACGGAGCGAGGAGCAAUGGCUUGCCGGAAGACGCCACCAAGGAUAUGGAGGAGCGCUACAAGGACAUGUAUGGCGGCACGACCACUCCGGACACUCUGGUGGCAGAUCUGAACCGUCUCAAGGUGUCUGCCGAGCCUGCGGACCAAGAGCUGUUCGCAGCAAUGCUGUUUGGCUUGUUCGAAGAAUACAACUGCUUCGGCGAGUACCCUAAUGAGGCACUGGCAACGACUGCGGUCCUCUUCGGCGGUCUGGUGUCAUACCAUGUACUGUCUGGCAUUCCGGAGCAAGCUGCGAUCUUCAUGAUUCUUGAGGCUGUCUCGGAGUACGGUCCUGAAGAUCCGAUGUACAGGUUCGGACUGCAGGCUCUCCUGCAUGUUCUUCCUAGACUCAAGGAAUGGCCGCGACUGGUCGAGCGAAUUUUGCAGACUCCCAGUCUACGAGGCACACCAGCGAUUGCUGCUGCUGAAAAUGCGGCGAAGGAGUUGCAGCAAGAGCACGUCGAGCUGAAUGGUGACGGAGCUAAUGGCAUCACGAACGGCGUCUUCGACGAUGAGUCUGUAGAUGACUCGACGCCUCCUCCUUUCAACGCCAUUCAGAUCGAUCCGCCCUCCCGAACGGACUACUACGAGGAUCCAGACGAAGACGUUUCGGACAAAGUCAUGUUCGUGCUCAACAAUGUCUCCAAGCGCAACUUCGAUGAGAAGUUCAAGGAGAUCGAGGGCGCUCUGGAGGAAAAGUACACUCAAUGGUUUGCCCACUACCUCGUCGAAGAUCUCGCAAAAUCGCAGCCGAACUUCCAAUGGCUUUACUUGCAGCUGCUCGAGAACUUCAACCGGAAACUGCUUUGGAACGAGGUCUUGCGAGAGACGUAUAUCAGCUGCGCCAAGAUGCUCAACUCCCAGUCUACCAUGGACAAUCAGCAUGAGAGAGCUACGAUGAAAAAUCUCGCCGGCUGGCUGGGUCAAAUCACAUUGGCGCGCGAUCAGCCCAUUCUUCAUCGCAACUUGUCAAUCAAAGAUCUCCUGAUUGAGGGCUACGACAGCCAGCGAUUGCUUGUGGCAGUCCCGUUCGCAUGCAAGGCUCUUUUCCAGGCAGCACACUCGAAGGUUUUCAAGCCUCCGAACCCUUGGAUUUCCGAGCUCUUGGGUCUCUUCAGCGAGCUCUACCACUUCAUGGAUUUGAAGCUCAACAUGAAGUUCGAAAUUGAGAUGCUGUGUCGCGAAUUUGGCGUGGAUAUCAAAAAGGUCGAACCACUUGAGAUCAUUCGUGGACGCCCAACACUGGAACAGACCACGGCGAUGCUGCAACAAUAUAUUCCAGAUGGCGGGCCUGACGCUUUCGGAGACAUGGCUCUUAUGGGCUUGUCCAAGCGAGGGCCGAAUGAGCGCUUCUCUCCAGACGCGGUCAUCCAAGCAGUUCCGGAUCUUGGUAAUAUGCUGCAGAUUCCGACUGCCGUGGGCAACAUCACUCAGCAACAGCUACGGAACAUCUUUGUCAACGCCGCUCAACAAGCUAUCUACGAGAUCAUUGCGCCUGUGGUCGAGCGUUCCGUUACCAUCGCAUCGAUCUCGACUUCUGAGCUCAUUCAGAAGGACUUCAUCACGGAGGGCGACGAGGAGAAGAUGAUUAGCUCAGCGCACACCGUUGUCAAGGCACUGUCCGGUAGUCUCGCACUUGUAACUUGCAAGGAGCCGCUGCGCAUGAGCAUCACCAACAACAUUCGCAUUCUGGCGUCGCGCAGCCUGCCCGAACAGCUACCUGAAGGCCAGAUUCUGAUGUUUGUCAACGACAAUAUCGACACGGUCUGCAGUCUUGUUGAGUCAGCUGCCGAGAACCACUCGUUGGCCGAGAUCGACUUGCAACUCCAGUCAGCUCGCGAGGAUCGCAGACUUCACAACGAACAACGGCCAAAUGAGCCAUUCGCCAUCGCUCCUGUCAGCCGCUGGUCUACUCUCAUUCCCGAGCCAUUCCGUCAAGACCAGAACGGCUUGAACAGACAGCAACUGGCGUUGUACGACGACUUUGGUCGCCAAGCACGCAUUGCACCAACAGCCCACGCCACGAACGCUUCUCAGGACAGCAAUCGCCAGCUUCCUGAUGUUCUGUCUGAUGGGUACUUGCCGAGCCUUACGACCCCAGCCGAGGCUCCAGCAAUGCCUCGUCAGACCCAGCAGCAGCGUAUCCCGGGAAUGCAGGCCGGUCCACCUCAACAUCAGAUCAAUGGCUACAUGGACAGCGGUGUUGUUGCUGCGCGGAUCAUCGAGCUUAUGCAAGAUCUUCAGCAAUGCUCACGAGAGGCCACAGAGGAGCACAUCGGAGAGAUUGGUGAAGGCUCAGCGAUUCGCCGCAUCUAUGGCGAGCUUGUAGGCCUCAUCGAGAGCACUUCUCCGGCGCAGCGAGACACUCUUGCCACGGGUGCCGGAGGGCACUGCCUCGGCGUCAUCUACGCGGAUGCUCAGAAGCGCCUGGAGAUUGAAGUGUUUGUGCGCUUGCUUAUGCAGCUUUGCCGGAUGUCGGUCUCUGCUGGUCGCCAGGUCACAAUGCAGCUUGCCACCUCCGAGGAUGACAGAAUCUUCAACGCGGCGGCUACAGCAUCUCUGCACAACGAAGGCUUGAUGGACUUGCAGCACAUCGAUACCCAAGUGUCAAAGGCUAUCAGGUCUCGCCGCGAGAUGGUGCUGCCAUUCUUGUCAGACAUUCUUGAUGAGAUGCUUCUCGGAGAGUCUCCGGUGGCAUUGCGGACCGACUUCGUCCUCAGCUACGAAGCGCUUGGCCAGUGGCUCAACGAAGACUCGGACCUCCAGCUCGGCAAGGAGAUCAUGACCAAGCUUCAGACUCCUGCUAGGCACAUCAACGGCAUGCCCAGCCCGGAAUCCGACACCAACAAGAACGAUCAACAGGAGUACCUUUUCGAAGAAUGGAUCCGACUGCAGCGCAAGGAAGUGCCGGAGAGAUCCUUCCUCGCUUUCGCUCAGCAGCUGCAUGAGAAACAUGUUCUUUCAGGACCCGAAGAUGCUAUGACCUUCUUCCGCUCGUGUUUGGAAAUGUCAUGCGCGGCGUUUGAUAGAAUCAGCAACAUGCCAUACGCCACUCAAGAUCAGGCAUAUGUCGCUAUCGAUGCUCUUGCCAAACUGGUUGUCGUUAUGGUCGUCUUUCAGGAGGCUCCCCAGAAUGAUCCGCAUGCCAAAAAGGCCAAGUCUUUGGAGGCCAUGCUUCGCCUCGUCAUCCUGGUAAUGAAUGACCACCACAACAAGCAGCGCGAACACUGGAACGGCAGAGUCUACUUCAGACUGUUUUCUACCUUGCUCUGCGAGCUUCACGAUCAUCGCGACCAGCUCUCGCCAGAACAGGAAUGGGACAUGCACAAGGCGUUCGCAACGGCACUGCUCAUUCUUCAGCCUCGAUACUUCCCAGGCUUCAUGUAUGCGUGGUUGGCACUUUUGAGCCACCGAUUGUUCGUGCCGGCCUUCCUGACUGGACCGAACGCCCAGAAACGCGCUGGUGGAUGGAACAUCUUUACGAAGCUCAUCACCGCGCUCUUCCUUAAUCUGGGAGAUCUGUUGUGCGUGCCAGACUCGCCCGCUGUCGCGCAAGACUUCUAUCGCGGUGUCCUGCGCUUCUUCACAAUGCUCCACCACGACUUUCCUGACUUCUUGAUCCAAAAUCACACGGUCUUGAACGCGAGCGUCCCUCUGCAGUGCCUCCAGCUGCAGAACAUUGUCAACAGCGCCGUUACCCGAGCUGUGUUCAACGAGCAGCCCGAUCCUUUCACGCCUGGAUUGAAGAUCAAUCGUUUGGAGCAGGUUCGCCAACAUCCGCUCUAUCAGCCGGACUACACCGAAUUUAUGGAAGACGUCAAUAUUCUGGCUGAGGUCGAGCGCAUUGCCGGCAAUCGUGGCGACGAGAGCGACUUCGACACCGUUCUUGCCCAGAUCGACCCUGCCGACGGCCAUAUUAACGCUCUGGCCGUGAACGCACUGGUCGUCUACGUCGGGAUCCAGCAGACAAACGUGGCCUCGGUCUUCUCCUCCGCCAGCAGUGGUGCGCGGCUGCUCGAACGCUUGCUCCGCGUCUGCAGCCCCAAAGCUCGCUACCACCUCGUGUCGGCAAUGACGAACCAGAUCCGCUACGUCAACGCCAUGACGCACUAUUUCUCCACAGCGAUGCAGCAUUGGUUCAGUACCGGCUCGCAGGAGGUCCAGGAACAGAUCAUGCGUGUGUUGUGUGAGCGUCUGAUGGUUCCACGCCCACAUCCGUGGGGUCUCAUUGUCAUGAUGCUGGAGUUGGUCAAGAAUGAGACGAACAAUAUCUGGUCUUUGCCGUGGAUCAAGACGGCGCCUCAAGUCGAGUCGAUGUUGCUCAACCUUGCGCACUCACAGGAUCAGAGGCAGGCUCGCAGCCCCAUGGGAGCAAUGAUGUAA